GCCUCCCGCGCUUGACCUUGAUCCCGUGCGCUGCAGGGCCCAAAAGAGCGUCUCCUGACAGAUCGCUUUUUGCUAGCUUGUCACAGCGCCUCCUGGACGCCAGACUUCUAGCGAGACAAUCAAGCGCCAACCUUCGCUUGCCAGCACAGUUUUCUCGAUUGAAGCGAAAACAAGUUCACACGCCACAUAUCGCGCGCCCUCAUCUUGUCGAGCUUGCAACGCUAGCUUGUGUAUGUGUGUGAUGUCAUUCAAAGCCGUUGUUUUGCUUGCCUUGGUACAUGGUAGCUCCAGCUGCAGAGGAAAUGAUUGAUGAUUGUCCCACUUCUCUCAACCAACCAACGAACUAACCAGUAACCUUCUAGGAGCUAAGCUUUCCACUUCGGCUCGUCCAGCAGAGUAGUUUCAAUCAUUCUCCCGAGGCUGCAGCGCAGCUCGUGCACUUAUGUGAUCAAGAGUGGAGUGGAUCUCCCACGCAUGCUGUUGUUGGAAGAGGAGAUUUUGCAUAUCGAUACUAUCGUGAGGCGUAGCAGAGGCAGAGCACAUUGGAUUUGGAGUGCGGAAUGGAAUCCGGGACACCUGGGGAGCCUUCCGCAAAUGGCUUGAUGAGAGAAGAUGAUCUUCUUUGCGUCGGAACCCCCAGCAUCACCAGCGAUCAGUCCUUUGGUGACACUUCCCUUGAAACAGACCACGAUGCGCCGAUCUGCCAGAACUUCCCAUGCCCGAACAACAACCAAGCAGCUCUGGUCUGCUAUCACGUGGAAUGUGUAAAGCUCGCAAGAAAGUCGUACCGCUUUUACUGCAUGGACUGCGAUACAAACCAGCACGAGGACGCUCCGUAUCAUGUCCGGACAACGGUUUCCCAGUAUCAGGCAGCAUUGCCCUACUACACCCCAUCGGCCAAUGAGGACACAACAUCGCAAAGUUCGUUGACCAUCAAACGAGAUCGAUUAGGAUCAGGCAAACGGAAAAAGUUCAAGAUUAGAAAGAGUUCCGACUCAUCCGAUCCAAAGAAAGGUGGUAUGACCAUCGCACUUCCGAACAGCACGCAGCACCCAGUGAAGCUGGAUGACUCCUUGCUGCGAUCUGUGGUGCAGCGGAUGUGCACGCAGCAGAAGAUCGACAUGGAGUUCCUUGAAGUCGUGUACAGCACCAACAACGAGCAUGUGGACCUGGACAACCACGUGCUGGCGUUCUACGGCGUCACCCUCAACGUCAACGACCGAGCCGGGAGCCCGAGAAGUAAGAAGCUGGGCCCAAACUCGAGCUCGUCCCGGUUAAACUUCGGCGGCAUGACAUUCAAAUGGCGGCGGGAUAGCAAGGGUGGAGGAUCAACGAAGCAACCCCACAGUCUCGGCAGCAAUGACGGCAAUAAGGUGGACCGCACUUGGUCGCAUAGUGCAGGCGCAUCUCCCCGCGACAACUCUCACUCCAUAUCGAUGGCAAAGUCUCUAACGGACCUGCCUUUGCAGCGCAACUCACUCCAGGAGUCUCCGAUGCCAGCCACUCGGAGCAUGAGCUCAUCGUCCCAGACCAAUGUAAGCGAGGACACUAUGUCUUUGCCUGGUUGUCUCGACUCACCGUCGCCCGCGCCAGUGCCACCCCGCCACACCUCUCCCCCGCCGCUCCUGCCCGGUCGUGGCGGAUCGCCGCGAGUGCAUCGUCGUGUGGCACGCCAGUGUGAUGCGUCAGUAGCACUCAAUGUCAUUCCGCCGACGCCCGACCAGACUGUCUCCCGGCCAAAGUCUGACACGUUCAGCUUUGACCGUCCUCGUGCCGGUCACAAAAAGUCUGCUCCCGUACUACAUAGCAAUGGUGUAGCAAGCAAUAGCCAUUCACCUGUUCGACGCUGUGCAAGCUGGGCUCCGGCAACGCAUGGUUUUCACCAGUGGGAUGAAUCGUCUCUGCCCGGCUUUGCGAAAGACAAUGGCCGCACGGCGGAUAGUCUUGCAGAAGAAACUACAUCUAUACCCAACGGCCACGUGCCAUUGGACAACAAGAGACGGAAAGACGCCAAUGUCAAAGCACCGCGAACGUCAUCGCCCUUAGCCAAAGGGUCCUCUCGCUUCAGCAGACUGGAUCUGAAGCGGCUCCUGUCCAGUCCAGCUUCGCUGAAGAAAACAGCUGCGGCUAGGUCAACAACACCACUGUCCAGCCCCAACGUCGAGCAGUGUGACUUGUGCACCUCUCCUCUGUCCUCCAAGUCCAGUAUCACGUCUCCGUCGGAGGAACAAUUCCCGGUGUAUCAGGCCUAUACGGCUAUGAAGCAGAAGGGCAAUGGAGAAAGCACUCCUAUCACAAACCUUCGCCGUCUUUCAGCAUCACCAAAGACGAAACGUUCCGCUCUGAAGCGGCACGCUGCUGAGGAUGAGUGUGAGCGCGAGCGAUCUGUCUCGCCAAUGCGUCACCCUAUGCCCAGGAGUGUGAGUGCCUUUGAGAACCUUGGCGCGCCAAUGUUCUCACCCCGGAGGUCUCCGUCACCGUGCGACUCUGUCGCAUCCGAUUGCAACCUGUCUCCCGAAAUGCCUCGCCGGUCGAAAUCGGAUGCUUCCCAGAAGCACCCGCUCAAGACCAUCAAGAAGGCACAUUUUCUGUCCGCAGAUGGGCGCUCUAACUCUAUCCGCCGACCGUCCUACACGUUAAUGCGCAGCUCUUCUGAUAACAACUUGGCAAAGCAGCUUGCAGAGAAAGAUGCAAAGGCUAAGGAAACUGCAGAUGGUCGGACACUGGCUCGCCGUCCUGCCACCCAGAAGCAUCAUUUCCCCACCAAUGAACUCAUGCCGAGUCAGGCACGGACGAACAAGAAGCUGGCGAAGCUUCUCGGCGCCGAGGAUUCUGGAUUGGAUGCCAGUCGUCACAGUGGCUCCGAACAAGAUCUUCAUGUUCCUUCUGGCAAGCCGUCCAAGCUGCACCAUCGCUCGCUCACCGAGCAAUUAGAAAUGUUCUCCGUAUACGGUAUCAGCCGCGAUGAUACCAAGUCAAGCUCCGGUCAAGCAAGAAGUGAUUUCUGGCUGCCCUCGACAUGGACUGGCCUGACGGAUAACAUCAAGUCACUGUCCAAGCGCAACAUCGACGAGCAAGAAGCCAUCUGGGAACUUCUCACCACGGCUGUGACGCACACCGAGCGACUAUGGACGCUGGCAAAUGUGUUCCGUGAGACACUGGUCAUUUUGCAAGAGAAAGGUUUCCUCACUCAGGUUAAAUUGGACCGCCUCUUCUUAAACAUUUCCGUCUUGAAGGAGAUCGAUGAAACCUACUGGAAGGACCAGCUCUCACUUGUUUUCAAAGAGGCCAAGCACAAGGGACACCUGCUCAAGGCUUCAAUGGUUGCCGAGUUCUUCGAUGGGUUUGCAGAGCGCUUUGCACCGUACGUGGAGUUCUGUGGUAACCAGCCGCGUCUCAUGAAGUACCUGGCCGUGUUGAAGAAAGAGGACAGUGACUUCAUGUCCUACCUGAAUUGGUGCGAGUCACAUCCCACGUGCAAUCGGCUACAGCUGACCGAUAUGCUGGCAGCGCCAUUCCAGCGACUCACCAAGUACCCGCUGCUCCUCAAGGCCAUCAUGAAGAAGACCAACGAUGAGUCUGCCAAGGAAGCUCUCCAGGGCCAUCUGCAAGUCGUGGAGAAAUUCUUGGGCAAAGUCAAUCACCACGUGUCGGUGUGCCAGCGUCGUGCCUUGCUCCAAGCUGUUGCUGAUCGCCUCGAGGACAACUUUGUGGAAGUGCCACCGGAGUAUGAGCAGUACGUUGGUACCGGCCUCAACUUACAAGACCGCAUGUGGACGACCGAUGGAAUGGAUCUCGGCGAGCGUGAGCUGCUUCAUGAAGAUACCUUCAAAAUGAAGGAGUUUGCUGGCAAGUACAAUCUUGAAUUAAAGCUGGACGUGCUAAUCUUCGUCUUCUCGGACAUGUUGCUUAUUACGAAGCAGAAAGGCGGUGGUCGGUUACAGCUUGUGAAGCCGCCGCUAAUGAUCUACACCAUCAGCCUGACUCGAGCAAAAGAUCAUAACAACAUCCUAUACGUAGUACAAAUCCACACUGUGGGUAUGGCUACUGGCUUCCUGGUGCUGCAAGCCGCCACGCCGCAGUCGGCUAGCGGCUUCUCCAAGGCCGUGUCUGAAGCUCAGUUUGCAUACAGGUCGCAGGUAAAUAAGGGCCACGCACAAGCAGCACAGGGCAAGGGCUCAGGCAAAAGCAAGGCGCACACGCGCACUUUCAGUCGGCGUCUUGUCAAGAUACCCGGCAGCAUCUACAAGAACAAGCGACGAUCAUCGAAGAGUGCCGAUGUCAAGCUCCAUCUUGAUUCAGGUGCAGAUGAGACUUCAGAAUUGUCCGAUGGCCAAUCUGGUGACCGGGAUGUGCACUUCGAGGAGGGAUCAGCCACCACAAGCGAGUCCGGGACACCAUCUUCUGACAUGGAAACACGGAGCUUUGUUGAUCCACCGCUGGAGGAGGUGGAAGAAGAGGAGCACGAGAUUGCCAGAUCAAAGUCCACCGGUGACGUCGUGGAUCGACUUUGUGGUCUCGAGGCACCGGGCGCCGUGCCCCCUCAGUCGGUCAACAAAGGCCCAGAGACCGUCAACUGCCAGCUCACGAUUUCGUUCUGUGACGAGGCUGGCGAGGAGAAGCCAGUGGAGCAGGACACAUGAUGCUAUUAAUUUCCUGGAGUCGGAACUGCGGACAACUGGCAAGUCUUGGAUGCUGUGCAUUUGAUGACGUCGUUCCUCAGAGGGCGUGCAAUUACAGUCGUCCGCCUUUCUCUCGCCGGUGCAGUGUGUUCAAGUGUCGGCCGCGCCCGAUGAACACACGGACAUUGCAGCGGGUGGCUGUGCCGUAUUGGCACUCCAGAACUGCUGGAGUUCUAGCACCAUGACCCGCUGUCAACUGCCCAGCACUGUUCUGCCCAGCUGGCUGGGUUAGCCCAUGUUUAUGCGUGUGUUCUAUUUCCACACUUGUGUUCAUGUCCAACGUGCUCUAUAUUAUUUAUUUAUACGUACAAACCGUAAUCUUAGGUCAAGGUGUCGUAAGUCGACCGGCUGUUUAUAAUUUAUAUAUAGACGUGCCCAACGAUAUGUAACCGGAUACUGGCAUGCUGCCGUCAGUCUCAAACGCAAGGAGUCGUCUGUGGCAUUCGACUUGUGCUCAUGCUGCACAUGUGACAUUGGCCACGCCUCCACUGCUGCACGUAUGCACACCGUCGUGCCGUGCCGGCUACGGAGGCGAAAUCGCCGGUGCUCCUGUGCGGUCCACAGCAGCAUCCGCCACACUGGCCCAUUCCCUGAUGGCUGGAGCGUCAUCCAUCAGCAUGAUUAAGCUUGUCCACCACCACCAACAACACUAUUCCCGUGCCAGAGAAAGAGGCACAUUCAUACAGUUGCUUGUCUAAAGCUAUUAACAUCUAUUAUUAUAUGAUAUCUUUCAUUCGUAUAGAUUUUGCGAUUUCACCAUCCUCUAGUUACGCGCCAUGUGUUGCCCAGUUCUCUUCCACAGCCCUACGGAUGGCACGCAGUCAUGCGAUCAUGAGUUCAUUCAUGGUGCCUGGUGGUGUUUGCCUUUAGCAGUAGUAGUAAAACGUAGCAUUCUAAUUUGGAAGUUGGCGUCACAUAUAACCCUAUCAUCUUCCUCCUUUUCUUUUUUUUAUGUGCUUCGCACUACCUAGAAAGUAAGAAUAAGAAUAAUUUCUGCCACUAUUGAAAUACUCAUUCAUAGGCGUAAGAAUACCUUGAGUUAGGACGUUUGCAUUGCACUUCUUGCCUUUGAUAAUUUAAGCUCAUCUGACACAGCCUCCGAA